AAUUUAUGCAACAGGGCCAUUGUACUGCUACUGUUAUGAAACUGAGCCCUGCUGGUGAUCACGUGUAAACAGAUGAGGGAGAAGUUGCUGACAGCGUUAUUUUCAAUGGAACCACAGUAAAAGGUUCUCUGUGUGGAGCCUCAGAUACUUUCAAUCAUGCAGUUGGAGGCUCAGCUUCGUCUAUGUCAGAGUUGUCUUUGGUGCUGCAAGAGCGGGCUGCGUCUGCUCUCCCAGAGCUAUGCACACAGAAAAGCUGUGAACUACUACGAUCUCCUGGGAGUUAAAUCUGAUGCGUCUUUGGAGGAAAUUAAAAAUGCAUUUUUCAACAAAUCUAAGAAGCUGCACCCAGACAGCGACCCAUCCAACCCGGCGCUGCACGGCCAGUUUGUGGAGCUAAAUGAGGCCUACCGAGUGCUGAGCAAAGAGCUGAGCAGGAAGGAGUACGACUUCAAAAUCAGGCAUCCAUACAGCGAGGGCCAGGCCUUCAGAUCUACCUCCAGCCACACCAGCUACAGAGCCAGUACGAACGCUCAGGAUAACUUUCGUUACUGGGAGCAGUUUCGUCGGUCCCAAGCACAGGAGGUGACGGCAGAGGAGUGGCAGAGGAGGCGGAGGAGGAACUUCCGCCUGGUGGGCUACUGCGUCAUCACCAUGUUGCUCAGCAUUGGAGCCCACAUAGUAUUCUUCAGGAAACUGGAAGAAGUUCACAAUAACUUCAUGGACAAGAAAGAUCGAGUCAUCACAGAAAUUUACAAUGAAUCCAAAGAGAGGGCCAGGGUUAAUGGUUUUAAGAAACAGACAGAAAUCCUGCGGCAGAAACACGCUGAGUUUGUAGAGAGAUUCAAAACCCGCAACGAUGGAGAGGACAAGUAACAGAGUCUCCAGCUGUGGCCGUGAUGACGGAGUUUGAACUGCCAGCAGGUGGAAGGCAGACGGCGGACUGAUUGUGGUACUUGUUUUAGGAUUUUAAAGUUUUUUUAUUACACGAACCAGGUUGAUGCACCCGUGUUUGUCCUCAGGUGUGAUGCUGAGGACUUGAAGACAUUCACAAUGGGGGUGUGAUGUUGGAGGGUUUUUUUCUGGUAAUAUAAGUGUUUCCUCAUGAUGAAGCUGAGCUGCACAUCAGAGUGGACCGGUCAGUUGAACUAUUUAUACUUAGUGUUGAAUAUUUGAAGUGGUGUGAUGGUCAAAAGGAUCCAGCUACAGUACAAACCACAGAGAACACUGUUUAAACUGCCUCUAAUUAGGGCUGGGUAUACAGCAGUAACCUUAAAGUGAUACAAAUAUCCAUAGAGUACUUCAUUUGACACCUUUUUUUCUACUUGAUACCCAUUAUGUGAAUGGAAGCGUUAGUCAGCAAAAUGCCAACAGAUGCCACAGGAGCUUUUAAAAUCUGCCCAAAUCUGAGACAUGAAAUAGUGUCUUAAUUUAAGUAAAAACUGACUAAUUGUAAAGCUGUGUACCGGAACCAAUAAGAGGUUAUAACGACAACGGCAGGCGCUAUGGACAAAAUCGAUGCUGCUAUUAAGGCUUUUCUAAAUCCACGUCUUCUCAAUAUUGCCAAACAUGUCUUACUUUGCUUAGCUCUUAAAAGCCCGGCCAGACAGGUGUGUUGACAUGACUGUGCAUAGACUUUAAAUGACGUUAGAUUAAUGUGGAUAUGUUGCUCUCUUUUGAUUGGUUAGGGAAAACCAAAAUCUCCUUUCCCACAGAAAUCGGUUAGAGCGGACACCACUGAAGACGGAAAUUGAGUGUAACGAGUUAACAAUUUUGUCUGAUAUUUUGGAACGUUAUGGUGGCAUGUCUGCACACUGGACCGCCAACUUCAACCACAAACUGCGUGGAUUUAAGCUGCUGCAGUAGUGACCCAAUCACACGUUGCAUUAAAUCAAACAAUGCUUGUCGUGAUCAAAUACAUACAAAUAGUCAUUUUUUUAGAUCUGGGUUCAAAAAGGAUCAAAUGCAGGUCUCAGGUGACUUUAGAAGUUUUAAUACUGCUUGGUACUGGGUUGUUUCGGUCGAUAAGUACCGAUUAAGGGUGUAAAGUUUCAUCAUGAUACAUUGUCUUUGGACAACGAUACAAUAUUUGCUGAUAUCUCAAAGUCUGGCAUUGAUUUAAUUCAAUUUAGGAGCCUGUUAUCAAUGCGAGACGAUAUAAGUAAAUGUUCUCUUGGUCUUUCUCUUGGCUGCUUAUAAUUAUCUGCCUGGCGCUAUGCUGAGAGCACUCUUAGGAAGGAGGUUUUACAUCAAUGUUUUCACUCUGCAUCAAUAAUAUUGGAUCGUUGAUCACUGAAUCAAUAUAUUGAUCCAAAUCAAUGUAUUGUUUCACCCUAAGUACUGAUACCCAGCCCUGCCUCUAAUGAACUCAAGGGUUAUUUAUUGUCCUCCGCCUCAUUGCUGUUAGUGUUACACAGCAUGCAGGACUCACUGAGAACAGAAACUGUAAUGCCAAUAAGUUUUUGCUGAAAGAGACUUGUAUUGAUUAAAAUCAAAUCUCAGGCUGCACAUAAGAGGACGCUUCAAAACGUUGUCUUGGUUUUGAUGAAACUGUUCGGGCGGGUUUAAUGGAUGAUGGCGAAGUACAAGACGUGCGAAGUCAGACGUUUCGAUACAAUCAUGGUUUUCCAAACAAAGAGGUCGACACAUAAGACUGACUGCCAGUUUAGUAAUCACAGGUAUGGAUUAUGGGGCAUCACUCCUCAUUGUUCCCUCUGUUGACCCUCUGUGCUACUGUAGAAAUGCAACACCAUACAUAAAAAAGGUGCUCCAUGUGUUAGAAAGAAGAUUAAUACUAUGGCUUAAAGAGCGUGACACUGAGUAACUUAUUUAAACUGUGAGACUAUGAAAAUGUUCACUUUGAAUGGAAAGAAGUUCACUGGUUAUUUUAACAUUUACCACUUUGCCUCUCAGUUUUUAACAUUAGAGAUUGUUGUCGUUUUUCUCUCGAUGAAUGCCUUACCCAUCUAUUCCCCUAAAGGAUGUCAGAGGGAACUGAUUAAAAGAUCAACUUUUUCUCA